ACUGCUGGUAACAUUAACUCUCAUAUUCUUCAUAUCUGAUUGAUCUAUGACAUUUGGAAUAUGCAAGCUUUCCGUGUUUUCUGUGUCCUGCUAAAUGUGUCUUUAGUGUUAUCCGGAACUCAGAUAUGUAAAGACCCAGACAUCAAUGCUUAUUCCAUUAUCACAUGUGGUGCCCCCGGUAAAGAUGGUUUACCAGGCAAGGAUGGUAAAAAUGGACUUAAAGGAGAAACAGGAGAACAAGGACUACCAGGACCAGCUGGACUAAAAGGGAUUGCUGGACCACCCGGAUUAAGAGGAGAACGGGGUCUCCCUGGCCCAAAAGGUGACAGAGGGGACAGUGGAGCCUCAGUACUCGAAGCUCUUCAAAAACAAAUUGCAAUUUUGGAAGAGCAUGUUAAUAAACUUCAAUCAAGCUUAACACAGCAGAAAAAUGCUUUUACAUUUUUUGAAGGAGGAACAACAUCUGGUGGAAAGAUUUAUGUUUUAAAUAAUGCCCAAGCUAAUUAUAAUGAAGCAAAGUUAGUUUGUGCCCAUGCAGGUGGUCAGCUACCUUCACCUGUGAAUGCCGAGGAGAACCAAGCUAUCUUAGAUAUUCGUAAAAAAUCUCCAAUAGCUAUAUUUCUGGGCAUAAAUGAUAUAAAAAAAGAGGGCACUUUUACAUAUCCAAAUGGUGAAAACAUUGGCUACUCAAACUGGAAUCCUGGUGAACCGAAUGAUAAGAAUGGAAAGGAGGAUUGUGUAGAAUUGUAUGAAACUGGAACAUGGAAUGAUAAAAAUUGUGAAGAAAAACGUGUUAUCGUUUGUGAGUUUUGAUCCAUUUAGAAAGCAAUUCACUGCUGUGCUUUAAUAAUUUACUUUUGAUUAUCUUUAGUGAAGUGGGUCAUUUUAUUUUCUUAAAAUUAAUAUUAUUACAAUCAGUUGUAGGCUUAGUUACUACAUACAAGUGUUGUCUACUGGCUAGAGCAUGUAAAAUACAUUUUAUGAUGCAGUUAGCAUUAAAUAAAAUUGUUCCUGGAUAGUUUUGGAACUUGAAUAAAUUGUCAAACAAAUUCAACAUCUACUGUUGGUAAAGCACUAAUAAAUGGAUAUUUUUCAUUUUUAGCAUC